UUUUUUUUUCUUCUUUUUUUUUGGUGGGGGAGCUGGGGACUGAACCCAGGGCCUUGCGCUUGCUAGGCAAGCGCUCUACCACUGAGCUAAAUCCCCAACCCCAGCCAGGUCUUUUUUAAGGGGUUGUCUUGUGCUCUGUAGUUUGUUGUGCAGCUUCCCUGGCCUUCACCCAGUAGAUGUCCUAGCAUUCCCAUCCAGUUUGUGACAACUACAGAUAAUCUCUGUUCCCAGGGAGUGGGCAAAUGGCUCUCCAUUGAAAAUGACUAAGAAACUCUUAUCUACUGUGGUGUAACUUGUGAACUACAUGACAGACUAGUUAGAAAACAAAUUCCUCCCAAAUAGUCAGAACUAGCUCACAUACUGUGCCUUGCCUAAAGGAGUUCAAGGGAGAGAUGGGGAUGAGGGCAGAGGGGAUACAAGUCUUGUAAAUAGAUGAAGCUCCCUUUGCUGGCUCUAUACUCUCAAUAAAGGGGUCCAUUUGACAAGAUUGCCACAGUGACUUUUCUUUGACCCAUAUAGUUCCUCACCUGUGUGUAGCAUCUGAAGCACAGGAUCCCACAAAAUGUUCUACCCUAUCCCUUACUGAUGACUCUUUUUUGCUUAAUGAAUUCUCAAUGGGAUUUGGCCACUGGGAGUGCUGCAUAAAUACUCCAUCCAUAUGUUGGCUCAACUCCUGGCUUGGGAAUUUAAAAUCAGUGUAACCCCAGCACUUGGGAAGCAGAAGCAGGAUUACUAUACCUGUAUACUAAGACCUUAUAUCAAAGAGACCUCACAGUUGCAGGCCAGUUGCUAUUCAUGUAUGCUUUCAUUGGCAGGAUUAGUUACACUACAAGUCUUAGAUUACCCUUGUAGAAUGGAUCAUUCCAUAUUUUCAAGGCCGGACAAGGUUUCAGUGAGAUUCUAACAAUAUUCACAGCUUGGGAAGUCAUCCAUUCAACUCGGUAAUGGCUAAUUAGUGUAUGGUGAGAUCAUCUCUGCUGUUUCCAUUAUAAUCAUGUGUUCCAGGUUCUGUAAACUCUCUAGGGAGUGGUAAGUGGAAUGACCUGGGUAGGUUCUAUGGGGGCGGUGGUGUGGUGUCUAAGAUGGUGGUUUGGGAAGUCAAGAUUGGGUGCGGUGGGGGAUUUAGAACACUGAACAAUCCCAUAUAACUCAGGAAUCUCUGAAAGGGAAGUUUGUAAUCCAUGGAAGAAUUUGUACUUUAGGUGAAUGCACCUGUUGUCUUAUAUAUUCCAUUUAUUCAUUGAGUGUUUAGAAGAUAAACUUUGUUAUAUUUGAGACAAAAUCUUAUGAUCCCCUGUGUCAGUCUCCCAUGUACUUUGGGAUUACAGGCAUGCAUGACCAUGUCUCGUUAAGUCAUUAGUAUCUUCUGGAACAGUGUCAAGAUCCACUGGUAGGGAACUUCCCCUGAUAAAUGUUACCUAAAAUACUCAGGAGCCAGGUGUUGUGAUGCAUACGUUUAAACCAAUGACUCGGGAGGCAGAGGCAUCCGAUCUCUGAAUUUGAGACCAGCCUGGUCUACAUAGUGAGUUCCAGGUUAGUCAAGGCUACAUAGUGAGUCCCUGUCUCAAAGUGAAAACGGAAUGAAAGGUGGCUCUGUAGCUUCUCAGAGAAGAUCUCAAAUGGUCUAGGGUGACCUUGAACUAACUUAUGUAUCCAAAGAUGGACUUGAAUCCUGUUCCUUCUGCCUCCUCUUCCCCUAAGCGCUGGGAUAAUAGACAUUUGCCACCAUGCUGCUGUAAGGAUUUGUCUUUCAAAAUUCUUGUGGGUGUGUAAUAUAGCUCAGUUGGUAAAGUGCUUUGCCUAGCGUGUACAAAGUUCUAGGUUCAAUCCUUGGAAACUAUAACUGGCUGUGUUGGGGGCACUGCAAUCCAAGAAGGUCAGAAACUCAAGGUCACCCUCAGCUAUAUAACGUGUUCAGGCCUGGGUUGUAUGAGACCCUGUCUAUGGACAGAAAUGAUUCUUGUGUGAAUAGCCUUCAUGAGGCCUGGGUUUGAUCCCCAGCCUAUACCUUCCAAACAGGUGUAGGGGUACCCUACUUGGGAGUUGAGGCUGGAGGAUGACAAUCCUGAGGGAGAACCUGGGUUAAAGAGUAAGACCUUGUCUCCAAAACAAGUCAUACACAAGUAACAUUCUUCUGUAUACAUCAGUAGAUAUAAAGGAAUGUUAAAAGCCAGAGCAUUUAGGGCGGCCACUACAAUGGAGAUGAGUUACCUAUACACCGUAGAAAAGCUCUCCAAGACUUAAGUUUUGUUUUUUGUUUGAGACAGAGUCUUAUGUAGCCAGUCUCUGCCUUUCACCUUUCAAAUGCUGUCUAAGUUACCUAAAUGAAAAAGAAUACUCAACAUUCAUAGCAAAACAUCAAAAGUUCUACAUUGAAUCUGAAUUCACACUGAAAUAUGGUGGCUAACUGGAAAGACAGGAAUUUUGAGGAAAUUAGUUGAUUUCAGUACGUAAAAAGCAUAAGAGGGGCUGGAGAGAUGGCUCAGCGGUUAAGAGCACUGUGUGCUUUUCCAGAGGUCCUGAAUUCAAUUCCCAGCAACCAUGUGGUGGCUCACAACCACUUAUAAUGAGGUCUGGUGCCCUCUUCUUGUAUGCUUUACCAUAAUAAAUAAAUAAAUCUUCUUUUAAAAAAAGGCAUAAGGGGUUGGGGACUUAGCUCAGUGGUACAGCGCUUGCCUAGGAAGCGCAAGGCCCUGGGUUCGGUCCCCAGCUCCGAAAAAAAAAAAAAAGGCAUGAGUUGACCAGGUAUUUGAAAUUAUAUAGUGACAGGAGGACACAUACGAAUAUAUAAUGUGGGAGAACCUCUUUAAGCAGCGAAUUUCCAAGGUAUGUCUGGAGUAACAGUUUACACUUUGCAAAGUUUCCACUUGGGUGAUUGAGGUAGUGACUGAAAAGCUUAAGGUAAUACAGUGACGAGGGCAGUUGCCGGGCGAGCUCGGAGUUGGCGUGGUUUAGUAGUGCGGGUGACUGCUGCGGGUAAGGAAGAACGGAGGUUACCCACUGCGGACUAGAUGAGGGAAGUGCUCUGCACCAGGGAGGUGCUGGAGUCUGCGCAGGCGCUCUAGGUGCCCGGGAAGGACUCAAUGGCCGGAACGGAAUCCGAUUGGUCUGUUACCACAGAACUUUCAAAGUAUUCGUAUGACGUAGGUUUCUCGCACAGUCAAGUAUAUGUAUCCAGGAAGUGGUGGACGGGCCAGCUUUAGCUCAGCGGUUACUUCGACGUGCUCCAGUUUGAGCAGGCUAUGUAACGUGGUCGGUUCGAGCAACACAACCAGCCGCUUGCCUAUCUGGUGAGUGGUUGGUUCGAGACCCGCGGGCGCUCUCUGGCCCUUUUGCUUGCUGCGAAUUACCUUUGGCUACUUUUGCAUGUUAAACCCUCCUGCCCCCUCAACCCCAGAACUUCUUGAAUAAAUUGCAGUUUCAAAUACUGAGAUAGCUGGCACACAUGAUGUAACUCCAGAAAGAAAAAAUGGGGGUGGGAGGCUGAACAACAACAACAACAACAACAACAACAACAACAACAACAAGAAUUUAAUUAAAAAAAUUAGAGCACUUAGUAAUAUUUUUGUUCCAAUAGUUAGGUAUAUUCAUAUCUUUUAUGUCAUAUUCCCCUUGAAAUCUGGAGGAUUUUUUUUACUUAGUUAAAAAAAAUUAAGAUUUUAAUUUUUAUUUAUGUGAUGGUGUGAAUGUAUAUCACGUAUGCACUGUCUUGGGCUCUGGGAAUCGAACUCAGUUUUUCUUAACAGCUGAAUCAUCUAUCCAGCCUCUUUUGAGUUUAAUUGAUUUUCUACGCUACUCCUCGGAGUAGCCCGGUGAGUUCAUGUAAGACCUUUUAAAUGUGCAGACACAAGUUUUACUUCCAAAAAUGUUUCUGAUACCAUUUUGAAAGUAUUCCAUUAUUUUUUCCUUUGGAUCUGUAUCUUUCACGUUCUCCAAGCACCUGCUUACUGCUUUCUUGAUUUUACUUGUAUUUUUUUCCUCAGUAGCAGUGCUUUCAUUUAAAUAAAAUUUCCCUUAGGUCGUCUAACAAAUUUUGUUUUUCCCCCGAACUGAUUUAUUUUCUCCAACGUCUUGUGUUUUUAGACACCUCUGUUCUUUUAUUUUUAUUUUUUUUUUAUUUUUUAUGUCAAUUUCUGAGUUAUAUUUUGGGUUAAAGCUUAUUUUCCCCUUCACAUCAUUAAGUGAUAUUUAAGGCUAUUUAAUUUAGAUUGGGGUAUUGUCCUCAAAUUUUCCUAUUUCAUGGUUAGGUUUUUUUUUAAAAAGAAGAUGAUUGACUUUAAUUUCCUUCACCUUAUGCAAUCGCUGCUAUUUUCUGUGCAUUUUGAAUGUUUUGUUUUCCUGUGUUAGCAAUUGCCAAUGAGGUUAAUCAGAUUUCUGAGUUCGAGUGCCCUCUCGUGUCCCUAGAGUAGAAUGCACCUAUUUAGUUGGCUAGAGGUUUGAUUCUGGGUUUGCUUUUCGUUCCGGACUGCAAGAGUCUCCUGUGUAUGCUCCAAGCCUUCUCCUCACAAAACCAACACACCCCUUCAUAUCACCUCUUUUCCCUGGAAGGUAUCGCUUCCCAGACUGCCAUUUCUCGUUUCAAGCUCUUUCAGAACAUUCUUUUAGCGUUCUCAGUUUCUUUCAUUCGUCAUCAGUAGGCUUUCUAGCCUACCGUGUGCCAUCUUGAUUUCUCUUCUGUAGCGUGACUCUGUAACUGUGUUUGCUGGUUUAGGAAGAUUUUACGGGCAUGUUUGUAAAAUUACAUGCGAAUUGUCUCUGCCUUAUGCUGUUGCCGUAGGCGGGUAUGUUCUUGUGUGAAUGUAGGUGCCCACAGUUGUCACAGUUACCGUCAGUAGCUACCUAAGCUAUGUGCAGACAGAAUCCAGGUUCUCUGCAAGAGCAGUACAUGCUCUUAACCACUGAGUCGUUCCUCCAGUCCCAACGCGUGUGGUUUUACUUGCUUUCUCUGCCCUUUGUUUUUAGAAUGUGGCUGAAAUGUGGAAGAUUCAAACUCAGAAGGCUGAUGUAGUUCUCUGGACACCUGGGAGCCAGCACCUUUCUUUUCUUUCUUUUUUUUUUUUUUUCCGGAGCUGGGGACCGAACCCAGGGCCUUGCGCUUCCUAGGCAAGCGCUCUACCACUGAGCCAAAUCCCCAACCCGAGCCAGCACCUUUCUAACUGCUCUUUGUUUUGUGAAUGUUGUCCAGGUUGGUCUGGAGUGUGUGGUUCUCUUGCCUCUGGAAUGCUGGGAUGACAGAUACUCAUCACCAUACCUGCUUCAUUUCUGUUAAAAUUUUGAGUAUGGGGCUAGAGAGAUGGUCUGUGGUUAAGGGUAUUUACUACUCUUGCAAAGGACCCGAGUUUGGCCCCAGCACCCACACGGUGGCUCACAACAAUCUCUAAUUCUAGUUCCAGGGGAUUCUGGCUUCUGCAGGCACCAGAUCAGACACUUGAAUGAUACAUAAACAUGCAUACAUGCUAUACAAAAUACUUACAUUUCUGUCUUUAGUCAGGGUUUCCACAGCUGUGGAGAGACCCUGUGACCACAACAGCUCUCAUAAAGGAAAACAUUUAAUUGGGGCUGGCUUACAGUUCAGGGGCUUAGUCCAUUACCAUUGUUAUGGAGUUUGUGAUCUCUGGGAGAAGAAAAACAUAAACUCGAUCCAAUUAUAAGUAAAAGAUUUAUUGAUUAGCUGCUAGCAGGAUGAACAAUCUCUGAGCCAAAUUUGAGAUUACCGUGGAAGAAGGGUGUGGGGAAUGACUUUUAAAGGAGAAAACCACAGGAAGACCUUUGAUAUCUGUACAAGCAAGUAAAAACUGCCAAAUUAACUGGUUAAGACAAUUUAAAACAAACUUAGGAGUUACAGGAGCAAAAAUAAAAAAAAGCAGUUAGUGAUAUAACAAGUAGAUAGUCACAACCGUAUGUUUUUUGGGGGGAUGUCACUGAGCUAGGGUUACUAGGAACGUAUUUUCCAGGGAUUGGAGUUGGUUAGUGGGUACAGAGAUGGAUGCUUAGCAUAAAAUGGAGCUUCUUUAGUCAUAAUAAUCAUGGCGGGAAGCAUGUCGGCAUGCAGGCAGAUAUGGUGUUGUAGGGGUAGCUUAGAGUUCUUUUUUUGUUGUUGGUUUUUGAGACAGGGUUUUUCUGUGUAACCCUGGCUGUCCUGGAAUUCACUUUUCGUAGACCAGGCUGGCCUCAAAUGCAAAGAUCUGCUUGUCUCUGCCUCCUAAGUGUUGGGAUUAUGGGCAUGUGCUAUAACCUCUGGCUAUAGCUGAGAAUUCUACAUCUGGGUUGGUGGGCAGCAGGAAGAGAGAAAUAAACACUGGGUCCGGCUUGAGCAUCUGGAACCUCGAAGCAACUCCAAGUAACACACUUCCUCUAACAAGGCUACACCUCCUAAUAGUGCUACUCCUUAUGGGCCUAUGGGGGCCAUUUUUAUUCAAACCACUACAACCCAUACAAUAAGUGCAUCUAAACAUUUAAAACUGUUUCAUUAUGGUAAAGUACACAUAACAGAAUGGAGUAUAGUAACAUUUUCCAUUGUUCAAUCAGUGGCAGUAGGUACAUCCAUGCUGCUGUGUAAUGACCACCCGUCUCCAUAUACAGAACUCUUUUUUCUUGUAAGACUAUGACUCCAUACACAGGACAUAGCAACUUCCUGUCUCCCAUUUCUAAACCUUAGUAACCACCAUUUGUUUGUUUUCAUAGAUAUUUCUAAGAAUAUCAUAAAGGUAGAAUAAUCCAACGCUUGUUUGUUCAUUAUUUAUUGUUUUUUUGAGACAAAGUCUCAUGUAUCCCAGGCUGACCUUGAACUUAUGUAGCAGAGGAUGGUCUUGAACUCCCACUGUCUUGACCUGCAAAUGCUGAGAUUACAGGAAUAAGCCACCACACCCAGCUCCUAUUUGUCUUUUCUUUCUUUCUUUUUGGUGCUUUGAGACUAGGUCUCACUAUGUAACUCUGGAUGUUCUGGAACUCCUAGGUAAACCAGGCUGACUUCAAACCCACUGAGAUCUCUCUACCUGCCUCUGCCUCCCGUGUGUUGAGAUUAAAGGUGCCUGCUACCACACCCAGCUGUAUAAGUCUUUUCUAAGAUUAAUUCUUCACUUAGCAUAAUGGCAGUGAAGCCCAUCUAUGUUGUAGCAUGUGCAGUCAGAAUUUCAUUCCUUUUAAAAAGGAAAGACGUGGAUCUGAGCCAUGGCAAAGCAGUUCAGAGCACUUACUGCUCUUCCAGACGAUUUUAGUUCCAUUUCCUGUGCUCAGAUGAGGUGAUUCACAACUGCCAAGAACUUCAGUUCCAGGAGAUUGAACGCCAUCUUCUGGUCUCCUGGGGGUUCCUGCCCAUAUGUGUACACUCAGACACAUACACAUAAACCAACAUAAAAUUGCAUCUGAAAAAACAUAAGUAGGCUAGAAAAAUCUUGUUUUCUGAAAUGUUACAUUUUGUUUUAGCAUCUAUCUGUGGCUGGACAUAUAGGUAGUUUUAGGUUUGCUGAACACAAUGCUUCUUAAGAACAUGGAUUGCUGUUUUUAACAAAAUCCCAAUUGUUAGAUUUUACCAAUAAAGACUUGGGAGCCAGAUACCGUUAGCUCAGAGAAACAGAGAAAGCACCCAGCUGACCUACUUCCUCAGUUGAUGUCCCAAAAGUGAAAUCAAACUCUCCUUCUCUGCUGUCUGAAAAACCCUUUCUUUUUUUUUUAAAGAUUUAUUUAUUUAUUAUAUAUGAGUAUACUAUAGCUAUCUUCAGACACACCAGAGGAGGGCAUCAGAUCCCAUUACAGAUGGUUGUGAGCCACCAUGUGGUUGCUGGGAUUUGAACUCAGGACCUCUGGAAGAGCAGUUAGUGCUCUUAACCUCUGAGCCAUCUCUCCAGCCCUGAAAAACCCUUUCAAACUCAGUGUCCCUCCCUUCUUCUUCCUGUGUGUGUCUCUAUCCAUCCUCCUGACUCCUUUUUACAGUCUAUGUCUUUUUCCUAUGUUCAUUCCUUGUCAACUGGUUGCUCUGCCUCUUGACCUAUGGUUGACUACUUAUUCCUGUUUACAAUAAACAGAAAGCUCUUGGAUUAAAGGUGUUUUCUAGGAUCGAGCCACACUACAACUAUAAACAGGUUUUUCAAGUAAAUAAUACAAUCUCAGGGUUCACAGUGUGAUCAAAUAUCUUGCAACAAUGGAUAUACAGGUAUGUGUUUAAACUUCUUUGCUCAGUCAUUUUAGACUCUACCUAACAUAAGAACUUCUGUGUUACAGUAUUUUUAUUUAUUUUGCUGUGCACAGUGGCACACACCUUUAGUCCCAACACUGGGGAGGCAGAAGCAGGUGGAUCUCUGUGAAUUCAAGGCCAGCUUAGUCUACAUAGUGAAUUCCAUAACAGUUAGGGCUGUGUAGAAAGACUCUGGGUAGUAAGAAUUUAUUUACUUUUAUGGUAUACACGUGAAUGUUUUGCCUGCAUGCAUGUAUGUGCACCAUUUAUGCCUGGUGCCUUUGGAGUUUGAAGGGCAGCAAUUUCCCUAAACUGAAGUUACAGAUAGGUGCCAUGUGGGCACUGGGAAUUGAACCUGGGUCCUCUGGUAAAGCAGUCAAUGCUCUUAACCAUUGAGCCAUCUCUCUAGCACCUGUUUCCAUAUCCUCACUAACACAUUUCUUUCUAAAAGAGUGUGUUUGUGUGUGUGCAUGUGCAUUCAUAUGGUGUAUGUAUAUGCAAGUACAUUAUUGGGUAUAUUCAUGCAGAGGUCAGACAAGGAUGAUAGAUGUCUUCCUGUAUCACCCUCUGUCUUAUUCCAGUGAGGCAGAGUAUAUCACUGAAUUGAGAACUCAAAAUUUUGGUUAAGCUGGUUGGCCAGCGAGCUACCAGGAUUCCAUCUGUCUCCGCCCCUCCAUGGGUUAUAAGCAUGCACAGCCAUGUCUAACUUUUAUUUAGAUAUUUAUGUAUUUAUUUUAUGUAUAUGAGUGCUGUAUCUACAUGCAUACCUGUGUGCCUGAAGAGGGCAUCGGAUCUCAUUACAGAUGGUUGUGAGCCACCACAUGGUUCUGGGAAUUGAACUCAGGACCUCUGGAAGAGCAGCCAGUGCUCUUGACUGCUGAGCCAUCUCUCCAACCUUCCAUGUCUAACUUUUUAUGUGAGUUUGGGGGUUCAAACUCAGGUCCUCAUGAAUGCACAUGAAGUUCCCAUACUCACUGAGCCUAAUUACAAGUUCACUAGCACAUUUUCAGUGUAACCUUUACCUUUUUUACAGAGUUGGGGGGUGGUAUAUGUAUUUGUGUGUGUGUGUGUGUGUGUGUGUGUGUGUGUGUGUGUGUGUGCACACAUGUGCAGGUGAAUGUAUUUGUGUCUGUGUCUUCCUCGAUUGCUCUACCUUCUUUUUUUGAGACAAGUUCUCUUAACUGAACCAAGACUAAAAGGCCCCUAGACCUUGCUGAGAGGCCAAAUCUUUUAAAUACAGACUCCAUUUUAGAGAACCUGACCUAAGUUUGAACUCAGGUAAACUAACAGGCUAGUACCUAGCAUUAGUUUCCAAGUUGCCUCCCAAAACCUGGGCCUAGCUUCAGUCUCCAGGUAACACCCCCAACAAACCUGUACCCCCGGCUACAAGCCCAUCCCCUGCCUAAUGACCACCAAUGAAGAGGAUGAUAGAAAUUAAUUUUAUGCUAUGACUUUCAGCGCCAGCCAAUUAUGUUAAAGGCCACAGUAACUUUCCGAAUAGAUGCUUGCACACUUACCCCCACUUGCUGCAUACUAUAAAGCCUUGCCCUGUUAGAUAUUCAAGGCUCCUCUGUCCACCAAAACCAUCCUGCAUGUCAGCGGUGAGCUGAGGGGCCCAAGCUAGCUCGAAUAGAAUAAAGACCCUGCUGUGAGUUGCAUCAGAUUAGCUCCUGUCUGUUUUUUGGUGGACUACUACUAUUUCCCUGGCACUAACUACCUUUUGGUGCAUUAGCUGGGAAGUUCACCAGGACACAGAGGACUAGCGAUCUGGAGGAUCUUGAAGCCAGCAAAAAUAGUCUAGGUAUUUGUGUUUUCAUGUUUGUAACACUGUGUUAAACUUCCGGCUUCUUGCCUAUCUGAGCACUGAAUUUGUCUGAGCUUUCUUCCGUUCAGAGUGGAACGGAAGCAAGCUUGUGUAGAGGUGAUUGUGGUCACUCUUCCAGCUGUGCUGUGCUGAGAUGGUUUAUUUGUGUGGAAGCUGGUGGCUUCCAUUGCCAUCGUAAUUCUUCUAGGUUUGAGCCCUGCUGAGGAAUUUGAGUGUCAGAUGUUUUCUAUGUGGUUUGAGCAGGUGAGUAUUUGAGCAGUGGCGCAAAAGCUUGUGAUUUGUGGUGGCGGCUAAUUUGUCUGAAUGUUAGAAACUUUCUGUCAGAUCUAUAGAAUGUAAGAAAAAGUUGUGUAAAGAUAAACAACUUGGGCUGGAGAGAUGGCUCAGGGGUUAAGAGCACCGACUGCUCUUCCAGAGGUCCUGAGUUCAAUUCCCAGCAACCACAUGGUGGCUCACAACCAUCUGUAAAGAGAUCUGAUGCCCUCUUCUGGUGUGUGAAGACAGCUACAGGGUACUUAUAUAUAAUAAAUGAAUAAAUCUUAAAGAAAAAAGAUAAACAACUUAUGUCGCCAUGAUGAUUUAUUCCAGGACCGAGUAAACAUUUGUGCAGUACUGAGAGUUGUUGUUGUUGCUGCUGUUGUUGUUGCUGUUGUUGUUGUUGUUGUUGGUGUGUGUGUGUGUGUGUGUGUGUGUGUGUGUGAACACCACCUUCUUGGUUGUUUUUGUUACUGUGGGUACUUUUUCCUGGUUUUGAUUUUUGUUGCUGGCUACCUCUGUUCAGAUUCUGAAUGGUUCCACAUUUGUCAUCUGUGUGUGCUACAUUCUGGUUGUUGGUUCUUGUUACUAUAGGCUGUAUGAAUCUUUUUCUGGUUUUGGUUGGUUUUUGUUUCUGGUUGUGCCUUUUUCUGUUCACUGAUUCUAAAUGGCACCACAUUCAGUAAGGCCUUGGAUUUGUUUCCGUGGCUGGUUUUCAGUUAGGACGGAUGUGUCUGGAGCUGUGGUUACAGCAGGGUCAGGAGACAUCCUGAGUCUAGGUCUGGGGUGGGCGUGGGCUUAGGGGAGCUGAGAGAUGCCCACCAAUCUGGUUCUUUUUUUCUGUGGGUAUGCACCACUUUCUGGUUAGUUCUCAUUUCUGCCUGAUAGAGAUGGUUGAAUUUGUGUUUUGGGUGUUAUAGAGAGAUCUUUUUCAUGAGUAUUACUUUCUGGUCGUUUCUUGUUUCUGCUAGACAGACAGGGAAGGUUUUAUUUGUGUUUUUAUAUGUCAUGUUUAUGUUUCUUGUUACAAGAUGACUUUGAUGAGGGUGACUUUGAUGAACUAAUUUUGAUGAGAUAACUUUGAUGAAAUGAUUUUGACAGAUGACUUUGAUGAGGUAACUUUGAUAACUUUGACAAGGUGACUUUGACUUUGAAGGGCUUAUUAACAUGAGACAGGCUACCACAUUCUGCAAGUUCCCUUCACUACAGAAGAGGCAAACAAAUUGGUUCCUGGCUCCACAAGGGAAACACCCCCUCAACCCCAUAUGUUUGCUUUUACCUGACUCUUCCAGACUGGGAUUUUCACACCAUUGAAGGUAAGAGGAGGCUCUUGGUCUACCAUCAGGCUCUGCUGGCAGGUCUCAAGGCAUCCACAAGAUUUCCCACAAAUUUGAAUGACAUUAAGCAGAGAGAAAAUAAAAGGCUCACAGCUUUUUCUCUGGUAGCAAAGGCAGCAGUUGUUUUAGCUUUUAUUAAUCAGGCAGCACCAGAUAUUAAACAAAAGCUCCAGAGGGUUGAGAAGUUAGGAGAAAGGAGUCUGAGAAUGUUUAAUAAAAGAAAGACUACAGAGGAGAAACAGAUGAGAGGACAGAAGCAACAGACUCCAGACUUGGCAAAGAUCCUUUUGGCAACUAUGGCAAACCAGAAGACUAUAGGAGAUGCCUAAAACAGAUAGCUUCAGAAAAAGGAAGUAAGGAGGGUGCUGAAAUAACAAAUGCCCUCUCCCUAAGCCCAGAAUAACCAUAAAAGUAAAAGGAAAACUCACCAAUUUUUUUUGCUGAUAAUUAAUAAAUUCAAAAUUCUAUCUUGUUAAAACCUGAAGAUAAAGGUUUCUUCAUCAGUUUAUAAAUUAUUUCCUAGUGGCAACAGAAACAAAAUGAAAACUCAAGACCUUUUAGAGGCCCUGAAAAAUUGGACUAUUGAGCCUCUGUAAGAAGGCCUUACUCUGCCAACCGCAGAGAACCUCCCUAGACCUAGGGGAUGCAUACUCAGACUUGAGGCCCUGGCAUCAGCCAAUGGCCAAUGUGUCACCAAUUGACUGAAGAUGGCCCCUCCCCUGUUUACACAUCAGUGCAACAACAACAUCCUGGUUAAAGAGAUGCCAGAAUGACUCAUUAUCAGCCUCUUUUCUUGAAUGCCCCCAAGAUAAUUUUUCAGCUGCCCUGCUGCCUGACCCUGACUGGUUUGAUGGGCCUCUGCAUGACUGAUUUGAUGGAUGCAGAAGUAACAUUCACCAAUGGCAACAGCUUCAUUCAGGAUGGACAGAGGUAUGCUGGAGCAUCAGUGGUCUCAAACAUUGAGAUCAUAUGAGCAGAGUCACUCCUGGCAGUAAUGUCAGCCAAGAAAGUUGAACUGGCACUAGAAAGUCUGACCAAGGCAUUAGAGUUGAGAAAAGACAAGAGACACAGAUAGUAGGUGUGCCUUUGCUACAGCUCAUAUCUGUGAGGCUACUUAUAGGGAAAGAGGCCUUCUGAUGGCAGAAAGAAGGGCUAAACUCCAACCUAAAGGGCAAUAAGACAGCCCAGUGGGUAGCCCUAGAAAUUGUCCACCCCUACAAGUCCUUGAUAGCCAUAGACCCAGGUGAUCCCAUACUCUCUGAUCAGACAUAAGAUGUGAUUGGGGCCAAAAACCUGUCCAUGUCUCAGUGUCAUAAGAGAUGAUGGAAUACAGCUGACUAUGAACUAAUUGUACCAGAGAAAAUGGAUAUACACAUACUGAAAAAGAUCUUCACAUAUGGGAUUCCAGAGAAUGCAAGGCUUAGUUCACCAGUCCCACAUCAGAAUUAGAGAUGCUAAUCAAAAAGAGCUGAAAUUGUUAAAAAACUGUAAGGCCUGUCAAUUGACUAAUGUGGUUGCUAAUGAAAAGAACCCCCAAUACUCAAUACCAGAGCACCAAACCAGGAGUCUAUGAGGAAAUGUACUUCACAGAGGUGAAACCAAGAAAUCUGGAUACAGAUAUUUGCUGUUGUUCUUAGAUACCUCUUCAGGAUGGACUGAGACUUUCCCAACUAAGCAUGAGAUUACAGACAGUAACAAACUAUUGAAGAAAAUUCUUCCAAGGUAUGGUUUUUCUAAGUUUAUAGGGAUAGACAAUUGACUACAUUUGUGUCCCAGGUAAGUUAAAGAUGAGCUAAUAUUCUGGGGAAUGAUUGGAAACUCAUUUUGCUUAUAGACCUUAGAGUUCAAGACAGACAGAGAAGAGAAACAGAACCCCAAAAGAGACUGUGAUGCUUUGUAUAUGCUUAGCCCAGAGAGUGGCACUAUUAGAAGGUGUAGCCUUGUUGGAGUAGAUGUGUCACUGUAGGCAUGGACUUUAAGACCCCCCAUUCUAGCUGCCCGAAAGCUAGUAUUCUGUUAGCAGCCUUCAGAUGAAGAUGUAGAACUCUCAGCUCCUCCUGCACCAUGCCUGCCUGGAAGCUUCCAUGUUUCUGCCUUGAUGAUAAUGGACUGAACCUCUGAACCUGUAAGCCAGCUGCAAAUAUAUGUUGUCCUUUAUAAGACUUGUUUUGGUCAUGGUGUCUGUUCACAGCAGUAAAACCCUAACUAAGAUAGAAGUUGUUACUAGGAGUGGGGUAUUGCUAUGAUAGGCCUGACCAUCCUUUUGUUUGGAAGAAUGUAGAUUUUGGGACUUUGGAUUUGGAAAACAGUGGAAUGCUUUAACUAGGGCUUAGUGGGCCAUCCUAGUAGCAAUAUGGAAGACUUUGUUUCUGAGAAUGAUUUGAAUUGUGUUUACCUGGCCCAAGAGGUUUCUGUGGAGAAUUUCAAUAGGUGGCCUAGAGAAUGCCACUACAUUUUAUCUUUUUCUGGAGUCUGCCUGAGGCUGAGAUGAAGAGACUCAGAUUAAUUGCAUUGACAAAGGAAAUCUCAGAAAUACCCAUCAUAAACUUUGUUUUCUAGUUAAGUCUCAUGAAGAGCAUUUUAAACAAGCAUAGCAACCUGAGAAAGGAAAAAAUAUAAAAUAUAUGGUUCGUGUAUUAAGGAUGAACCAGGAAGUAGAACGGAGCUGAAUCCUAUAUUCUAGGAGAUAGCAGAUUAAGGGAGUGGGACUUUGGGGUAAAAUUCUACCCAGCUAAAUUUAAAUUCAGGCAUGGUGGUGCACACCUUUAAUCCCAGGAGAUAAAGCCAAGCAGAUCUCUAAAAUCAAGGCCAGACUGGGACAGAGCAAAUUCUAGGCGAAGAAAAUCCAGGCAUGGUGGUCCAUACCUUUAAUUCCAGGAGGCAGGCAUGCAGAUCUCUCGAGUUCAAGGUCAAUCCACAGAGCAACAUCCAGAACAGCCAAGCUUAGGCAGUGAAGGAGUUGGAAAACAGAAAGCUAGUGACGAUAUAAUAGAACAGGAGGGCCAUGUUCCAGUUCCUACAAGCAGUAGAACUCAACAUGUGGCUCUGGCCUUAGAGUGAAAAAUAGAAGGGACUAUUGGAACAACUGAUGCUGGUGAGCUGGAGCUAAGAAGUUAUCGGAGAUUAAGAAAAGACCAGCAUCACUGAGAUGAAAUCUUCUGGGGGAGUGUUUUCUGAGAGCACAAAGGAGCUGUGUUUCAGAAUAGCCAAGGUUUUUACCUCGUGCUGCAGCUGGACUUGGUGAUGUGUAAAAAUCACUCAGGUGGUACUGGUUGUGAAGGCCUGAAGGGGUCAUGUAGAACAGCUGAGACUUGGCACUGUGAGAGGCCAUGAAAGGCCAAGGUGAAUGUGCAGCUUCAGUUGCAGUUGAUGGCCCAGGACUGAGGGGGUCAUUCAAAGGAAUUGAGGCUUGGCACCAUGAAGAGAGCCUCUGAGAGGCUAUUGGUGAAGCCUAGUUGCAGCGGAAGACCGCAGUGUAAUGGAGAUGCCAGUACCAUGGGAUGAUCACCAAGAAUACCAGCAUAAGUGGAGUGGAUUAACCUGAGCUUAGAGUGCUGCAGAGGGCAGAGCUGGAGAAGUGACAUCAGCCCUUUAUAGGAGCCCAGAUCAUGUGUGGAUCCCAGACAUUGAAACGAAAAGCUGUAAUAAUGAAGUUGCUUUGGAGACUCCAAGAUUUUUGAGAUGCCAGAGCCAUAGGAUAUCUCCUGAGGAAAGAUGCUAACAGGGAGUGGAACCAGCCCAGCAGAAACAAGUUUGUUACAGUCAACAAAGACGAAGAAGGACUUGGAGAUCUGAAGGCUGCUUUGACAUCAGACAUGGAGAUGCAGAGUUUAGAGUUUGCCCAGCUGGUUUCCUGGCUUGCUUUGGGAAUUACAGUUAAGUGAUUGGAUACAUUUCAGAAGAGGCUUUGAACUUUGGACUUUUAACAUUGUUGAGACUGCUAUAGACUAUGGGCGCUUCAGAAGUUGGAGUAAAUGUAUUAUGCAUUAUGCUAUGUUUAGGCAUGCACCUGCCCCAUACUUAUAUGUUUGGACAAGCCUAUGGGGCCAGGGAGUAGAAUGUGAUGCUUUGUAUAUGCUUGGCCCAGGGAGUGGCACUAUUAGAAGGUGUAGCCUUGUUGGAGUAGAUGUGUCACUCUGGGCAUGGGCUUUAAGACCCCCCAUUCUAGCUGCCCGAAAGCUAGUAUUCUGUUAGCAGCCUUCAGAUGAAGAUGUAGAGCUCUCAGCUCCUCCUGCACCAUGCCUGCCUGGAUGCUGCCAUGUUUCUGCCUUGAUGAUAAUGGACUGAACCUCUGAACCUGUAAGCCAGCUGCAAAUAUAUGUUGUCCUUUUUAGAUUUAUUUAUUUAUUAUAUAUAAGUACACUGUAGCUGUCUUCAGACACACCAGAAGAGGGCAUAGGAUCUCUUUACACAUGGUUGUGAGCCACCAUGUGGUUGCUGGGAAUUGAACUCAUGACCUCUGGAAGAGCAGUCGGGUGCUCUUAACCACUGAGCCAUCUCUCCAGCCCCAUAUGUUGUCCUUUAUAAGACUUGUUUUGGUCAUGGUGUCUGUUCACAACAGUAAAAUCCUAUCUAAGACAGAGACCUUAACUAAAUUGACCUCAGAGACUGAUGGUGACUGGUGACUCUUCUGCCCUUCAUUCUUUAUAGAGUACAGAACUCCCCAUACCAGAUGGGACUCACCCUUUUAAAGUUAUGUUUGGUUCACCUACUGACAGAAGUUGUUACAGAAGCAGAUGAUUGCGAAUUGUUACACAACUUCGAGGAUGUCCAAUGAGCACACAAACAUGUUUGGCUUAAACUUCUUGCUUUCCAUAAAACAGGUCCACCUUUCGAGCUCUACCAACUUUACCCUAGAGAUUGGGUCCUAGCCAAGAGAGACUGCCAGGGGUCACUAGAGCUUCACUGAAAGGGUCCCUGUGCUGCAGAGUUACAGUGUGGAUCCACCACACAUGUUUGCAGUUGAAGAAGAAAGACCCUGGCCAGCAGGAGGAGGAUUCAGCCUUAAGACUCCCUCCUAUCUCCCAUCAGGCCCUUACCCAUGCACCAGGGACACCACAAAGGCAUAACCUUGUUACUGUUUUCAUGAAGCUUCAGGAAGUCCCAUGAUUGGAACUUCUAGUCACAAGAGAAGGGAGGAGGGAUGUGAGACCAAAUCUUUUAAAUUCAGACUCCAUUUUAGAGAACCUAAGUUCGAACUCAGGUAAACUAACAGGCUGGUACCUUGCAUUAGUUUCCAAGUUGCUAGGCCCCCCCCUCCCACCCCUGCCCACCCACAACAAAACCCGGGCCUAGCUCCAGUCUCCAGGUUACACCCUCAACAAGACCAGCACCUCCAGGUUACAAACCCUCAACAAACCUGAACCUCCAGGUUAUAAUAACCAAUGUAGAGGAGAACAGAAAUUAAGUUUAUGAUAUGGCUCCCAGUACCAGCCAAUUAUGUUAAAGGCUACAGUAGCUUUCCAAAUAGAUGAUUACACACUUACCCCCACUUGCUGCUUAUUAUUAAGCCUUGCCCUGAUAGAUAUUCUGGGCUUCUCUCUACCCAAACCAUCCUGCACAUCAGCUGUGAGCUGGUGGCUCAAACUAGCUCGAAUAGAAUAAAGACCCUGCUGUGAGUUGCAUCAGAUCAGCUCCUGUCUGAUUUUUAGGGACCACUAACAUUCCCUGGUACACAUUACCACAACUGACACCAUGCUGAAGGCAUAAUUAUGACCUUAAAACCCAGCACAUAGGCUCUAACACAUGUCAAAAGCAGGAACAAAGACCUAAUCCAUCAAAGACCCAAGUCUAUAGUUCUGGGAUCCACCAAAGCCUCUUGAUUUUGGCUCCUGUUGUUUUGCUUCUUGUUAAUUGUUCUUUCUAACCAAGGUGUGUCAUCCAGGUAUGUCUUUUGUUCGUGAAAGACAACAGUGAGGCUCAAGGGCUGCAUUAUUUGGGCAAGUUUUUCCUGUGUAACCACUGUUCAGCAAUAAAGACUUUCUGGCUUUAAAGGUUUCCCUGUGUAUUAUCUGGUAGCCUUACCUUGUAGCAUUCUGGAAGCACCAGAGAGAUCCCUAGAGAUUGAGACACUGAGGCACCAGGGUUCUUGGACCUCCUCUGGGUGACAAUGCAGAGAACGGACAGUUCCUGGGGGCUGAGAACCCUGAGAUGUUUCAGGGUCUUACAGACACCUGUCUAUACUCCUAUUGCCCCAGAGGCUUAGAGGUGAGUCUGAUUAUAGUGCCUUCUAUCUAGGACACUUUAGAAAUGCUGGAUACAGCCUAAAUUCCAGUGUCUAGGAUCCUAAAGAUAUGUCACUGGUUCCCCUUAACUCUGUUUGGUGGCCACCCCUGGUUAUCUUUAUUACUGUCUUGUGUCUCUCUCUCUCUGUGUGUUUUUGUCAGUUUUGUUGGGUGGAAUAAAGGGAGCCAUGAUGGGAGAGGGAAUGAGAAGUUCCAAGAUACCAUUGAAGUGUAUGUUAAAACACUUCAAAGAAGGUUUUGUUGAUGAUAGAUAUGGUGUGUCUCCCUUAUCCAGGAAACUCUGGCCCUUCUGUGAAGUAGAUUGGUCUGCUUUUGGAGUCAGAUGGCCCAAUGACAGAUCUCGGGACCCCCAGCUGGUUCAGAUCAUCUACAAUGUGGUGACAGGAGACUUGACCAGUUUCCCUACAUUGACUGAUGGCUUUCUCUGGUCCAAGAUUCACCCCCUUGGCUUAAGACCUGUGCCAUCUUUUUGGGAACUCAAAUCCUCUUGGCUCUGCUCAUUCUCUCAGUAGGCCAGAAGAAGAUGAAUUUCCAUAUGUCACAUAUUGUGGGGCUUUUGGGGUCCCACUUGGGGUUUAAUAAUACAGACUCAGAGACACCUGCAUAAUAAGAUUGUUGGUCUGUUUGCUGGGGCUUUCUCUGCUCUAAUCUCCCUAUUCUGCUCCUGUUCUCUUCUAUCCCUUUCUGCCUCUUUCUUUCUUCCCCAGCUUCAGCCACCAGCACUUUAUUACUCAAAUGCCACACUUCUUUCUCUAACAAAAAGCUAUUAACAUAGGGAGAGAGCUUCCUCCCUCACAGCAACUUGCCUUUCUUUUUGUUCAGGUGAAGAAGUGAUAAUUACUAUUCCUGCUAGCCUGGUGCUGCUGGUAUAGCAAUUGAUGUUUGAGAAUACAGGGAUGCACCUUCACAGCCAGUUGACACAAUAUAUAUGGGGGUGGUUAUUCCAACAUCUCCAACUUUUAGUUUGAGAAAUGUCUUUCUUUCUAACAUCAGUGAACUAUAUACAAUGAGUACAAUUGUGAAAACUGUCAGGACCAGAAUUCUACCCACAAUGCCCAACCCAUUUGUAUCUGGCAACUUUGGAGAAAGGGCUCUAUCUUGCUGAGUCUAAAGUUUUGUAGAGGGUUUGUGUUAAAUGAGCACAAUGAGAAGUCCCUUUUAAAUUUGUAUUAGACACCAACCAAAAGAAAUUUAAGAUCUUGAGCUUGUGACUAUGAUAAUAUUAUCAGAAUCCCGUUGAUUAAUGUUAAAGCUCUGAACCUUUGAAGUCUAUCACUAGUCUAGUCUUCAAAUGUAUCAGAGACCUGAGAAGAAUACAUUUCACCUGAGUAAAGAGGAAGUGAAGAGCAAGCAGCUUCAAAAUCUAAUAAAAACGACAAACUUACUGGCUACCUGGACAGUCACUAAACUUUCCUCUGUGUCAGUAGGGGCAUCCAUCUUCAGCCACCAGGCCUGGAAGAACUGACAGACAUUUUUGGUGAAGCAGGAACUUGUGGGGGAAGGGACUGUGUUGGUGUUCUGUUUAAGCUCCACCCCCACAGUUACCUGGCAACAGUCAGGUAUGCUCCGCCCCACAGUUACCUGGCAACAGCCAGGUAUGUCUGACUAUAAAAGGGGCUGCUUGGCUCCUCCUCACUCUCUUUGCUCUUUCUUCUCUGCUCUCUUGCUCUUCCCCUCUUCCUCUUUGUCCCGUCUCUCCCCAUUCCCCUCCUCCCUUCCCUCUGCGUGGCUGGCCUUACAGGGACUUUAUUGCAAUUCACUAAUUUGGACCCUGAAAACCCAGAAGUGAAAGGAACAUCAAUUUCUGGAAGUUGAACAUUCUAUACUGAUGCAAAUACCAGGAAAAGCAGGGGACACCUCCUGGAAAUCCUGGCUGCAGAAACGAAGAAACCAAGAAGAAUAACAAAACGGGUAACAUGAGUGCUGAUCUCUACAUGGUAACAGCUCUGAGGCUGACUGAGACAUGUUUCUGCAUAGCCAAUAAAUCUUGUUGCCUACAGAGUCAUCAGGAAUUAUUACUACACGCCAUCUUUUUGUAUUUCCAUAUGGAUGGAAACUUAUAUUAUAGUUUGGCUACACAGUACAAAUUUAUCAUGUUUGAUGCCCUUCACCUGCUCAAACAAAGAGCAGAGUAUCAUAUUUAGCUGAUUUGUGCACAUUUUACAUAUAUGUAAAUGCAGAAAUGUUUAUUAUCUCUAAAAGUUUAUAUGUUUACAGAGCAAAAGGUCCAGACACCAAAGAAGACAAGACUUAUAACUCUGACGAUCCAACCUCGCAGAUUUCCUCAAUAGCUGUUUCCUCAAAAAUCUGCAUACAGAACAACUUCAAAGUGGCUAGCUAUGAUUGUUUGGGUUCAUAGACUGUUUUAGCCAGGACUUAUGUUAAGCCCUUCACUUUCCCACACAGAGACUGAACUGCAUAUGUUAGAGCAGGAUUUCUUAGAACUUGGCCAAUGACCCAAUUUUCUUAGGGUUCCCCAAAAGGACCAUUGCUCCCUGACAGCAGGAAGCAAUUUUAAGAGAAUGAUGCCCCAAUUCCCAAAAGUAGGGUGGGUGGUUUUUGGUCAUUUGGUGGGUGAUGGAUGUUUGUUGUCAUUUUUGGUGGUUGAUUGCAAGAUUUUAAUGGUCUUUGUCAUGGACCAAACAAAAUUAAGGAAGUUAGAGUCAGGAAUCUCUUUUUUUCUUUCUUUUUAUUUCCUCUAUCCUUCAUUCUCUCCUCUUUAGUGUUAAGAGGGAAAGGGAUGAAAAGAAAAAAUGAGGAUAUAAGAAUGAUAGGAUAUAAGGAUUAGUUAUUGAAUCAACUUUUAGACUAGAAGGCAAUGAUAAGCCUUACAUAUACUGGUAUAGAUCUCUGUAUGUUAAAAUGCUGUAUAUAUGUUUUCACUUUUGUUUAAUGUAUUGUACCUAUGCAACUCAUUUAUGAAUGCAAUGUGAUGUUCUAUUCCUUGAAAGAUGCUAUUGCAAAUUGUGGAGGGUAUAAAGAAAUGCAAAUUGAUAGUCAAACAAACCUGUGGUCAUGAUAGACACUACUUCAGUUAAAUACAUAAACAAGCUUUAUUUAGCCUUCUGUAGAUGUUUUCAAAGUUAAGCAUACAGUUGGCAGCAAGAAACCAAGCAACAUUUGCCUAUUCCAAUAUACUAUAGACACAUGGUCUUUAAAUCCUCAAAAAUCUACAAAAUAUGGCAAUUAAAAUGCUUUAUUAAUAAAAGGUUUUUCAUGACAGUGAGACAAGACUACUUCUGUCAGCACACCCAUACUUCUUCCAAGAAUAUGAUGAGAGUCAAUGAACCUUCUUAUAGAGUUUUCUUCAAAUGUAAAGUUAGCCACCCAUCAAAAACCUGCCCUUGCUUCAACUGCAGAUAGCAUGCUGUCCAAACAGUAGACAAACAGGACACAGAGGAAGUUGACUGCUGAACUUUUCUAAGACAAUUAGGCAAGUUUUUCAUAAUUCCACACUUCACAAAAACAUGUAUUAGAUAUACUGUGCAAGUAGGCUAUGAAUGGUUGCUCCAACAUUGUAGAGAAACCUUGAAUGACUGUUCAGGUAUCCAGUGACCUCUGUUAUUCCUGUAGUUUUGGAAGCUGCUUGUGUGCACUUCCUCUUUACUCAGGUAAUAUUUAUUCUUCUCAGGCCUCUGAUGGGGUUGAGUACUAUAUAGUUAUAGUCUCAUAAUUAAGCUUAAGUUGUUUAGAAUUUAAGAAAACGAUUUAAGGACUAAGGAGAUAUUUUUAGGUAGAUAAAUUCAAGCUAUGAAAGAAAGUGAGUUAGGUACAGAAAUUUGGUCUCUCCAAGAUAGGGUUGAAAAAAUACAAAUGGAUUAGACAUUGUAAAUAUAAUUCUUACUUGAUGUUUUCAUAAUUUUCAUAUAUAUAUAUAGUUUAUAGAACCUUUUAUUGGACUAAAAGAGGGAGAUGAUAGAGUAAUGUUUUUGUGCACUGUGUAAAGUUUAUCACUGUGUUAUUCACAUGCUGACUUCUGAACCAGCAGAAAUCUGAUUAUAGGUCAGAAUUUUGUAUUUUAUGCAUUUCCUGCAUUACUGUUUGUAAACAUUGUUGUCUACCACCUUCUGAUUCGUUAAAUUAAUAUGAGUCUGGGCAUGUACAUACAUAGGGGUCAGGAAACAAACUUGGGUGUCAGUCUUAACUUCUAUUUGGUUUAGAGCAGCGUGCCUUGUCCAUCACUGCCUAUGUAAAACUAGGUGGUCUUGUGUUUCUGCAUCUGCUUCCUUACAUGGCUUCUGGGGAUUUAUAGUCUUCAAAUUGCAUGAUCAACACUUUUUUCUCCAUCUUUAUUAAAUUGGGUAUUUCUUAUUUACAUUUCAAUUGUUAUUCCCUUUCCCAGUUUCCAGGCCAACAUCUGCCUAACCCCUGCCCCUCCCCAUCCUCCCCCCAUUUCAGCCCUCCCCUCAACAAUCACGUUCACUGGGGGUUCAAUCUUGGCAGGACCAAGGGCUUCCCCUCCCACUGGUGCUCUUACUAGGCUAUUCAUUGCUACCUAUGCAGUUGGAACCAAGGAUAGGUCCAUGUAUAGUCUUUGGGUAGUGGCUUAGUCCCUGGAAGCUCUGGUUGGUUGGUAUUGUUGUUCAUAUGGGGUCUCAAGCCCCUUCAGUCUCUUUCAGUCCUUUCUCUGAAUCUUUCAACGGAGGUCCCAUUCUCAGUUCUGUGGUUUGCUGCUGCAUUCAUCUAUGUAUUUGCCAUAUUCUGGCUGUGUCUCUCAGGAGAGAUCUACAUCCAGUUCCUGUUGGCCUGCACUUCUUUGCUUCAUCCAUCUGAUCUAGUGUGGUGGCUGUAUAUGUAUGUGCCACACGUGGGGCAGGCUCUGAAUGGGCGUUCCUUCAGCCUCUGUUCUGAACUUUGCCUCCCUAUUCCCUCCCAAGGGUAUCUUGUUCCCCUUUUAAAGAAGGAGUGAAGCAUUCGCAUUUUGGUCAUCCUUCUUGAAUUUCAUGUGUUCUGUAUAUCUAGGAUAAUUCGAGCAUUUGGGCUAAUAUCCACUUAUCAAUGAGUGCAUACCAUGUGUGUUUUUCUGUGGUUGGGUUACCUCACUCAGGAUGAUAUUUUCCAGUUCCAUCCAUUUGCCUAUGAAUUUCAUAAAGUCAUUGUUUUUGAUAGCUGAGUAAUAUUCCACUGUGUAGAUGUACCACAUUUUCUGUAUCCAUUCCUCUGUUGAAGGGCAUCUGGGUUCUUUCCAGCUUCUGGCUAUUAUAAAUAAGGCUUCUAUGAACAUAGUGGAGCAUGUAUCUUUGUUAUAUGUUGGGGCAUCUUUUGGGUAUAUGUCCAAGAGAGGUAUAGCUGGGUCCUCAGGUAGUUCAAUGUCUAAUUUUUCUGAGGAACCUCCAGACUGAUUUCCAGAAUGGUUGUACCAGUCUGCAAUCCCAUCAACAAUGCAGGAAUGUUCCUCUUUCUCCACAUCCUCACCAGCAUCUGCUGUCACCUAAGUUUUUGAUCUUAGCCAUUCUGACUGGUGUGAGGUGGAAUCUCAGGGUUGUUUUGAUUUACAUUUCCCUUAUGACUAAAGAUGUUGAACAUUUCUUUAGGUGCUUCUCAGCCAUUUGGCAUUCCUCAGCUGUGAAUACUUUGAUUAGCUUUGAACCCCAUUUUUUAAUAGGGUUAUUUGUCUCCCUGUGGUCUAACUUCAUGACUUCCUUGUAUAUUGGAUAUGAGUCCUCUCUCAGUUGUAGGAUUGGUAAUGAAUCUUUUCUUAAUCUGUUGGUUGCUGUUUUGUCUUAACAACAGUGUCCUUUGCCUUACAGAAGCUUUGUAUUUUUUGAGAUCCCAUUUGUCAAUUCUUGAUCUUAGAGCAUAAGCCAUUCGUGUUUUGUUCAGGAAGUUUUCUCCAGUGCCCAGGUGUUCGAGAUUCUUCCCCACUUUUUCUUCUAUCAGUUUGAGUGUAUCUGGUUUGAUUUGGAGGUUCUUGAUCCACUUGGACUUAAGCUUUGUACAGGGUGAUAAGAAUGGAUCGAUCUGCAUUCUUCUACAUGCUGACCUCCAGUUGAACCAGCACCAUUUGCUGAAAAUGCUAUCUUUUUUCCAUUGGAUGGUUUUGGUUCCAUGAUCAACACUUCUAAUCACUGAGGUAUCUCCCUAAUCCUGUUGAACAUGUCUUUGAAUUACAUUUUAUUUACUUUAAGUAUUUUGCUGUUUCACUUUUGUAUAAAUCAUUGGGUUAUCUAUAUAUUUAUAUCAUAUAUACAUAUUAUCAGUUUAUUAAUAAAAUUGUGAUGAUAUGUGUCGUUAUUUCAACAGUUACAUGAAAUUUAGAAUAUUGGCAUCGUUUGCAUUCCUCUACCUUUCCAUCUCUAUAAUGUAAUUGCCUUGAGCAUUUCCUGUAUAUUUAUUUAAAAUUUCAUCUACGUAUUAUGACUACCAGUCUAGAAAGCCAAGAAAUGUUUGUGUGCUACACAUAUUUCUGUGUAUUGUACUUUUCCUUCUUUCCUUCCUUUUUCUUUCUUUUUUCUUCACUUUUCUCUUUCUCUUCUUUCUUUUCUCUCUCUCUUUCUUUCUCUUUCUCUCUUUCUCUCUUUCUUUCUUUCUUCCUUUCUUUCUUUCUUUCUUUCUUUCUUUCUUUCUUUCUUUCUUUCUUUCUUUCUUUCUUUCUUUCUUUCUUUCAAGACAGGCUUUCUCUGAGCGGCCUCAGGUCUCCUGGAACUUGCUCUGUAGACCAGUCUGACUUCUAGAACUCAGAGAUCUGCCUGUCUCUGCCUCCUGACUGCUGGGAUUAAAGAUGCAGAGCACCAUACCCAGUUUGUUCUUUCAAGAUAAUUUCCCACAUGUAUUUCUUUCUACUGAAAGACCCUUUUAUGGUUUUUUGAAGUAAAUGUACCAAUAACAAAUUACCAUAGUUUGAAACUGAUGAAAAAAUGUCUCCAUCUCCCUUUCAUUUGGGAUGCUUUUCUUCGUGUAUGUAUACUUUGGAAUUGAUAGUUCUUUUCAUUAAACGAUUUAAAAUUAUUGCAAUGCUUCUUUGUUUUUAGUUUCUUCUGGGAGUUCACUGGAAUUUCAAUUAUUUUCUUGACGUGCACAUAUGAUAUGUUUUCAGACAUAUCCCUGCCAUCCGCUUCGCUUCACGGUCGGGGUUUAUCAUAUUCAGUGUUUACUUAUUUCCCCAUUUUGUUUACCAGGGUUGGACUUUUUAACUCAUUAUUUACUUGGAUAUUUUGUCAAUCUCUCUUCUCUUCUUUCAGAGAAGACAAAUGCUGAAUGUUUUGUUAUAGUUUUGAAUGCCCAUGUGGUUCUAUUUUGUAUUUCUUUUAUGCUAUUUUCUCUUUCAUGCAAAUUCUUUCUAUUUUCUAGCUCACUUAUUUUCAUUUUUGAAAAAUCCAUUCUCUUACUGGGAUUUUAUUUUGGCUAUUGUAUUUGUCUUUUUUAAAAAUAUGGAUACACUUUCAUUUUACUUUAUUUUUUGAAUACAGCUAUGAAUAUUUUGUUGACACCUUUUUCCUGCAGAGAGUGUUAUAUAUUGCCUUCUAGCCUAUGUUGCCCUUUCUGGCUGUUAGUCUUAUUUGGCUUCACAUUUAAGGUAUAAAAAAAAACCCUCACUUUUAAGCAUAUGUGUUCUGCUUUCUGCCUCUCUGUUUUUCCUUUUUCUUUUACUCUUCUCUGAGGCUAGGAUUGUAGUUCAGUUGUAGAGUACAUCUUUAUUAAAAAUAUUCAUUUACUUUUAUGUGCAUUGGUGUAUUACCUUCAUUUAUGUAUGUGCGAGGGGGUUGCACCUCCUGGAACUGGAGUCACAGACUGUUGUGAUCUUACAUGUGGAUGCUUGGAAGUGAAACCAGGUUGUCUGGGAAAGCAGCCAGUUCUCUUAACUGCGGGGUCAGCUGUCCAGCCCUGUAGUGUAUGUCUUAAGUGUGAUCAAGUUCAUAGGUUCAGCUACCAGAGACUGAAGGCAUUUCUUACUUUCCCCCAUUGCUUUCAGGGCUAUUUCUGUGAUGUAUUGUUUUCUUUCUUUUUGUCUUAUUUGAAGCUCUUUCAAUAAUUAGCUGAAGCAAUUCAUUUAUAUAAAGAAUCACAUGCCUUCAAGACAGUUUCCAAGGAGAUUAAAGCAGCUGUCGCUAUUUUACACUUUCUUUUUUCUUGGAUAUUUUAUAUAUUUACAUUUCAAAUGUUAUGGGGAGGGAGGAAAGGGGAUAACAUUUGUAAUAUUUUAUGUUUUCUUAUAACUUUGGAAAAAAGAACACUAUAGAACACUGUAGAAUAAGUCUGUGGAGUUCUGUACAUUUUCAUGUUAGUCCCACACUAAGAACUCUGUAUAUGCAAUUCUCUAGAUUAAUGCGUUUCAUGAGUAUAACCAAAUAUGAACAGAAAGUUAAAAAAACAUUGUAUCUAUGACGAACAUGGGAAGGAUUUACUUUUUGAGCAAUUCAGUUCAACAGCUGUUUACAUUUUUAUAUGUCUUUAGAGAUUGUAAAUGAUUCAGAGGUUAUAAAGUGUUUGUAGGACAUGUACAAGUCAUGUACAAGUUCUAUAUCAUUUUAUUUGAAAUUGAGCAUCUAUAUAUAGUAAUCAACUUAAGGGGUAGGGAUGCGUCCGGAACAAAUGCUCCAUGUACCCUGCAACUCUAACGGACUGCAGAGCCAUUUCAUACACGCAUGUACGGCUAGAUUGGAAUGACGAUUUGCAGUAAAUCAAAUUAUAUGAAAAUGUGCGACAAGUUAUGGUUGUUGCAUUUUCUAUACUAAUAUAUCUUCAGUUAUUUUUAUUAGCUAUUUAUUAGCUAGAACUUUCUAUUUCAUUGGUGAAUUGCAAUUUCAAAUGUACUGGAAAUAACAAAAUUGCAAAGACCAUUGUUAGAUGUAAAAUCUGCAUUAUCCACAUGGUGUCGCUGUAUACCACAACGUUUUGAAGCUGGAAAUGAAGCAGUGAUAAUUAAAAAGGAAGGGAGAAAGCUUCAUGUCGUCACCAGCCGAGAAAAGACAAAAAAUGGUGAGGAGACAAAUGAUUGAAACUAUGAAGUUGCAAAGUAUGAGCUUGGAGUGACAGCGAUACGAAAGGUGCAGCACUUUUGCAAUGCUGUUUUCCAGGCUCCGAGGCCUGAGAGCCCGGCGCCUGCUUUUGCUCUCGCUUCUGCUUCUCGCAGCCUGGGAGGCAGGGAGCGGCCAGCUCCAUUACUCCGUCCCAGAGGAGGCCAAACACGGUACCUUCGUGGGCCGCAUCGCACAGGACCUGGGGCUGGAGUUGGCGGAGCUGGUACCCCGCUUGUUCAGACUGGCGUCCAAGGACCGCGGAGACCUUCUGGAGGUAAAUCUGCAGAAUGGCAUUUUGUUUGUGAAUUCUCGGAUUGACCGGGAGGAGCUGUGCGGGAGGAGCACGGAGUGUAGCAUCCACCUGGAGGUGAUCGUGGACAGGCCGCUGCAGGUUUUCCACGUGGAGGUGAAGGUUAAAGAUAUUAAUGAUAACCCACCGAUUUUCAAAGGCUCAGAACAAAGGAUAUUUAUUCCUGAAAACAGACAGCUAGAUUCACGGUUUCCACUAGAGGGCGCCGUGGACGCGGACAUUGGUGCCAAUUCUCUUUUAACUUACACGCUGAGCCCCACUGAUUACUUUUCUUUGAAGGUAGAGACCACAGACGAACUAAGUAAAUCCCUUUCGCUUGAACUGAGAAAAUCUUUGGAUAGGGAAGAAACACCAGAACUUCAGUUAUUACUGACAGCCACCGAUGGGGGCAAGCCAGAGUUGGAGGGGGCAGUUCGGCUGCAGAUUACUGUGCUUGAUGUUAAUGACAACGCCCCAGUGUUUGACCAGGCCGUCUACAGAGCACAGUUAACAGAAUCUACAGUGAAUGGAACAUUAGUGACCACAUUAAAUGCCACUGACGCUGAUGAAGGGGUCAAUGGUGAAGUUGUGUUUUCCUUUGGCAAUGACGUUUCUCCUGACAUUCAAGAAAAAUUCAAAGUGGAUUCUAUUUCAGGAGAAAUUAGGGUGAUCGGUGAUCUAGAUUAUGAAAAAACAAAAUCCUAUGAAAUUCAAGUAAAGGCAGUUGAUAAAGGAACUCCCUCCAUGUCAAAUCACUGCAAGGUUUUGGUGAAAGUCCUGGAUGUAAAUGAUAAUGUUCCGGAGCUGAUGAUCACAUCCUUGUCUUUGCCCAUCAAAGAGGAUGCCCCACUUAACACUGUCGUCGCACUCAUUAAGGUAUCCGACAUUGACUCAGGUGUCAAUGGGCAGGUGACCUGCUCCCUGAGUCCUCAUCUCCCCUUCAAGCUCGUGUCCACCUUCAAGAAUUACUAUUCGCUGGUGCUGGACGGUGCUUUGGACCGAGAGACCACAGCUGACUAUAAGGUGGUGGUGACAGCCCGGGAUGGGGGCUUACCCUCGCUGUGGGCCACGGCCAGUGUGUCUGUGGAGGUGGCUGACGUGAACGACAAUGCUCCUGCGUUCGCGCAGCCCGAAUACACGGUGUUCGUGAAGGAGAAUAAUCCGCCUGGCGCGCACAUCUUCACCGUGUCAGCAGUGGACGCGGACGCGCAGGAGAACGCGCUGGUGUCCUACUCGCUGGUGGAGCGGAGGGUAGGCGAGCGCUUGCUAUCGAGUUACGUAUCUGUGCACGCGGAGAGCGGCAAGGUGUUCGCGCUGCAGCCUCUGGACCAUGAGGAGGUGGAGCUGCUGCAGUUCCAGGUGAGCGCGCGGGAUGCUGGUGUGCCUGCCCUGGGCAGCAAUGUGACUCUGCAGGUGUUUGUGUUGGAUGAGAAUGACAAUGCACCCACGCUGCUGGGGCCUCACGCAGGCAGCGCAGUGAGCGAAAUGGUGUCACGGACAGUGGGUGCAGGAUAUGUGGUGACGAAAGUGCGCGCAGUGGAUGCGGACUCUGGCUACAAUGCGUGGCUGUCAUAUGAACUGCAACCUCCUACUGGUGGUGCACGCAACCCGUUCCGCGUGGGGCUGUACACUGGUGAGAUCAGCACCACACGCUCCCUAGAUGAGGUCGAUGUUUCACGACAGCGUCUCUUGGUCCUGGUAAAGGACCAUGGAGAGCCAAUGCUGACUGCUACGGCUACCGUGUUGGUAUCUCUGGUGGAAAGCAGUCCGAUUCAGAAAGCCUCUUUGCCGGUAUUAACUGGCGCAGUGGGUUCCCGGGCGUCGCUGGUGGAUGUCAACGUGUACCUAAUCAUCGCCAUCUGCGCAGUGUCCAGCCUGUUGGUGCUCACUCUGCUGCUGUACACAGCGCUGCGCUGCUCAGCGACACCAGCAGAUGGAGUCUGUGCUCCUGGGAAGCCCAUGCUGGUGUGCUCCAGCGCGGUGGGAAGCUGGUCAUACUCACAGCAGAGGCGACAGAGGGUGUGCUCUGGAGAGGGUCUGCCCAAGACCGACCUCAUGGCCUUCAGCCCGGGUCUAUCCCCAGGUUUGAACAUAGCGGAAAGAAGUGACCACCCAGAAGUAAAUUCAGAUCUUUCUGGUAACCCCCGACAGCCCAACCCUGACUGGCGCUACUCUGCCUCGCUAAGAGCCGGCAUGCACAGCUCUGUGCACCUGGAGGAGGCUGGCAUUCUACGGGCUGGUCCAGGAGGGCCUGAUCAACAGUGGCCAACAGUAUCCAGUGCAACACCAGAACCAGAGGCAGGAGAGGUGUCCCCUCCAGUGGGCGCUGGUGUCAACAGCAACAGCUGGACCUUUAAAUACGGACCCGGCAACCCCAAACAGCCCGGUCCCGAACCUAAAAAGCAGACCCAGGUUUCCUUUCUCCCCCGCCGCAAAGGAGAAGCUUCCCAGCCCCGCCCGUGAGAGUUGGACUCUCUGCCCUGUGCUUCAAGCAUCCUGUCUUGAUAUUUGCAGGGCAGGCUGAAAGGUAUUCAGGCUGAGCAGCUGGGUGUUUGUGGUCACUGGGCAUGUGUGGCUACCGAGAGUGUUCGAGAGCCGGGUAUUGGCUGGGAUGGUCCAGAUUAGACUAGUUGACGUAAGAAGGGCUGGGAACCAGAGGCACAUAAACAUCUGGAGUCUUUGAUCUGGAGGGGGAAUAGUGAAACUUAAAAGGACCAGACUUUCUUAAUCUCUCAACUGGAGGUGUGGUGGUCAUCCUCUAGCAGACAAAACCAUCCCUACUGACAAAGCUUUAGGAGUCCCUCACAUCUGUUGGCAGUAAUAUCACUCUAUUCAAAACCUGUGUUAUGCACACAAGCCAGCAGUUAAGUAUUUAACAAGAGGUUCAGCCAGGGCAACAGAAGCAGAUCUGAUGUGUUUCCUGUACAUGUCCUUGUGCUCACGCUAUUAAGAAUUCUUUUGCACACAAUGUUUAUGAAAAGGAUGCAUCCUUUUCCGACAACACAUAUGCAAAAAGCAAAAGAAAAACCCAAGACCUCACUUUAUGCUGUUUGUUGUUUGAUAGAUUUAUUAAAAAAGAGAAAGUCUAUAGCUAUAAAUCUUUAAAGAAAUAUGACAAAUACAAUUCCCCCCAACCUUCCCUCAAGAAGAGAAUCCAGUCUACAGCCAUUUGAAAUGAUCAUUGCUGCUACAGAAGUGCUUUAAGAGAAUUGCCUGGAACAUCUGUAUUAUACCGGCCACCUGCCAAUCACAGCUUUACUCUUUCAGGUCACUCUGGGGGCUGCCUCUUGCAUGUAUUAAUUACUAAAUAAAAGGAUCUUUCUCUCUUUUCUAAGAAAAAUGAUGUGCACUUUGAUUACACAACCUUCUCUAACCCACUAUAUUAAGACCCAGAAACUGAAGAAAAAAUAUUGUUUUCUCAUACAUUCAAUGAGCAGACUUUUCAUUCCUCUGAUUCUGUGGUUGUCUCGGUGUGCUAGCCUACACCUUCGCCUUGUUUAGUUUUCCUUUUCUAUAACACUCUGAAUUGCUAAGCUUACUAACACCUAUGAUGUUACCUGAAUCAAUCUCCCAUAUGUAUGCUGUAUGCUAUUAUAAGACUCCUGAGAUAUACUUACUCUGUGCUUGUGUAUGUGAAUAUUACUGCAACUAUUACCUAGAGUGAACUUUAAGCUUUAUUGUUGAAUGUAAGCCCGUUAUAUUUCCUUUUGUACACCUGUGGAAAAGUGGAAUAGUGUUUUUUUUAAACCAUUGUUAAUCAGCUUUUGUGUAUGAAAGACACAGUAAAAUUUCUUUCUUAAAUCAAGAUGCUGGUGAUUCAAGGAAUUUUAUUUAUGGUCAGCCAAGGGCUGUCUCUUGCCAAGACUCCUGUUGGCAAGAGAAUGGAUAAAGCUGUUUUUUUUUUCUAGUAAGAAUUCUGGAAUAAAUACUGAAGAAAGUCCCUGAGGGUAUGCAAGCACAAAAUUGUACCAAUCUGACCUCUUUGAAUUUGCAGAUUGCUUUGAAAUGCUAUCCGGAAUAUCAGCUCAUAGAAAGUAAUAAAAUUUGCUGUUACCAUAAAUAAGACAUUUUAAGUUUGUUGUGCACAACGUAAACAUUUGAUUAAUUAUAUCAUCUAUUUAAAAGCAUAUAAAAGAGGUAGGAGUCUAUUUUAAAAGGCAUAAAAUCUCAAAAAAAAAAACCUGUCUUGUCUACUUUUAGCUUCAUUCUCCCAUAUUUUGAAGGGUGUGUAACUUCAGCUCUGCAGGAUUGCAUGGGGUAAAACUUGUUGACAGCACAUGUGAACCAUUGCUACAUUGUAGGUUGUGAUCAUUUUGCCCCACUGAAGCCCAUGUAACUGACCUUACGUGCCUUUUGAACUAGGAGAAUCGGGCUAUAAUUUAUUAAUGAUGAUAACGAUAAUGUAUAUGUACAGCACUUUUUAAAUUUAUGAAGUGCUUUCCAAUUCGUGUUAGUUAUUAGUUAUUACAGCUGUAAGGAUAAAACACGUCAUGUGGAUUCAUUUUUAAUUGGUGCUAUUGGUAUUUCCUCUGUUCUUGCUAAUAAAUGGAAAUGGUGGUGUGAAA